CACGCGUACGCGCGGCUUCCUCCCUUCGGCCCGGCAGCGAGCGACUUGCGCCGCGUUGCGCUCUGUACCGCACGUGAGGGCGGCUCGACGGACGGCGUAGCGGACGCGGGGGCAGUAGAGAACCAUGGACCGCGUCAACACCUUCUUCUGGUCGCGGCUGAACCCCACGGGCGAGCUCGUGCGCUCCGUGGACGUGCUGCUGCGCGAGCUGGUGCCGGACGACAAGCUGGACGCGGCGUUCCAGAGCCUCAGCAUCGCCGCGAGCUCGGGCGCGGCCACGCUGGCCGAGCGCAAGCCCGAGCAGGAGGGGGCCGUGAUCCCCGCCGCGGACGGAGACGCGGGCGACGCGGACGCGUGCGAGCCCGACUUCGAGGAGGAGUCGAGCGACGAGGAGUCGGCCACCGAGAAGACGGUGCCCGGCGAGCUCGAGCGCAAGUGGGCCAAGAUCCGCACCGUGUUCCACGACUGGGACGAGGAGCAGGGCGACCGCGAGAAGAAGAUGGACGAUAUGGCCGAGCUGCUGCUGCGCUACCGCGUGCUCGAGAAGGUGCUGAUGCCCAAGGUGCUGGGCCAGCUCACCUUCGAGACGCGCAAGUACGUGGGCAACGUGUUCCGCGCCAUGACUGUGCACAACCUGCGCAGCUUCAUCGAGCUCAUCGGCGAGCGGCCAGACAUCAUGCGCUGGCUCGUGGAGGGCUACCGGAACAACGAGACGGCGCUCAUCUGCGGCUCCAUGCUGCGCGACUGCUUCGAGUACCAGACGCUCACCAUGAUCUUCCUCAAGGACCUCGAGCCCGAGUUCGAGUUCCUCUUCAAGGUGACCAUGGAGAACAGCAACUUCGACAUCUCGGCCGACGCGCUGAUCAACAUCUCGCGACUGCUCACGGUGCACAAGAAGGCCACGGUGCAGAUCCUGGACACGUCGUUCGACCGCGUCUUCGGACUGCUAAACAGCCUGCUGACGUCCGAGAACUACGCCACCCGGCGACAGGCGCUGCAGUUGCUAUCGGAGCUGCUGCUGGACCCCGUGAAUUUUACCGUCAUGCAGCGGUACGUGGCCUCGCGCAAUAACCUCAAGCAGGUGAUGCUGCUGCUGCGCGAGCCCAGCGAUGCGCUGCGCAUGGACGCCUUCCACGUGUUCAAGAUCUUCGUGGCGAACCCGAACAAGUCGCCCGAGGUGGAGCAGCUCCUGGUGCGCAACUGCGAGAAGCUGCUGGCGUUCGUGAGCGACUUUGGCAAGGCCGAGGUCAGCCGCGACUUCCUUCAAGAGAGGUCGCUGCUGGUGUUCGCGCUGGAGCGCAUGGCCGAGAAGGAGCGCGCGCAAGAGAAGACACAGGAGCAGGCCACGCGGCCCGCGUCGCUCUCCAACGCGGAGCGGAUGCCGAUCUCGGGGCCCGUCUCGGAAGUGUGUGCGAAGCAGAAGUAGGCAGGAAGGAAGGCAGGCGGCAGUACAAACUAGUAUUUAAGACAAUAGGAGUGGCGCGACACCUAGAUUAAAGAAAUCAAUAGCUUAGCAUUCUCUCGUGUAGAUGGCGCCGCCAUGCAGUUGUAGCUCUGGUCGUUUGCAUAGCAGAAGCAUUUCAUGCCGAGAGCUAGUCCUCAAGUCGUAUAAGCUCAGCUUUCAACUUCUCCAGCCUCUGGAUCUCAACUCUCUGCUGCGAGAUAAAAGCGUCCAUCCUCUUGACCUCUUCUUGCUGCUCCGCGUUCGCCUUGCGUAGCGCCCGGUUCCUGGCACUUUUCACCUUGAGUUGGCGUUGGACGAUGGCCGCUUC